AGAGAAAAUGGCGAAGCGUUUUUUGAUAAAAUAAAUCCGUGAUUAAUUUUGUGGCCGAUAAAUGUACAUAAACGGGGAAAAGUGGUGGAAAAGCGUGAUCUAACGUGUGCAUAGGUGUGCGGCGAAGGUGCCGCAAGGUAAACUGUGCGUGCAGAUGAAUGGGUUUUGUGGGAAAUGUUGUGGCUAGGCCAGGGGAAGAAAAUCAAUUAUCACAGAAACUUUGAUUGGAAAUUAUCAUUGCUGCUAAGCACGCACCACCGUGAGUCCGUGAGGUGAAAUAUUGUGCAAGAAUUGUGCCAAUUUCGCUCGCAGAAGCGGCCAAGAUUAUUUUUGUGUAAAUAAUAAUUUCCCCGCACAAAAAAAAAGCGAGAGACCCUCCGGAGAGCCAUCCCCCCAUUUGGAAAUUCUCUCUCCCCAAUUUGGCGGAGGGAUUUUAAUUGAUGAGACAAUUCCAAAUGGUAGCAAUGUCGUCAAAUGGAGAUGCAAAUCAUCAUUUGCCGGAGUUUUUCUGAAUUUCAUAUCAGCAGCUGCGAUGGACUUCCGGGCUCCGGAUGGAUCUAUACUGAAGAUAUCUAGUGGAUUUCCUGAACCUGACAUUGGUAAAGCUUUAGGUGUUGAGAUGUAUAAGGUAAAUAUUGAGGAUCUCAGUCAAUUUCUAUCAUAUCAUGAAGUGUUCGGGAAGUUACCCAAUGAAGCCGCACCAACGGCUUCGGGUAUUAAUAUCGCCACCACGGCUGGAACACUGAAUAUUGUUAGUAGUAGUAACAAUGCAAUGCAACCGCCGCCACAUCCACCUGUGGCUAAUAUCCCAGGGGAACCGGCACCGCCGUCUGUGAGUUCGGCUCCGCCGUCCAUUGUGACGUCUGUGCCGCCCGUAGAUACAAAGAUGGAGCCACCAAGUGGUCUCAAUUCUGACCCAUCAAUGCCACCCAAUUCGGGUGAGAGUCCCGUGAUUGUUCCGCUGUCGCAUUCCUGUGACAUCUGUGGGAAGAUGUUCCCCUUUCGUUACCAAUUAAUUGUGCACAGGCGGUAUCACAAUGAACGCAAGCCAUUCACGUGCCAGGUGUGCGGGCAGGGAUUCACAAAUACGGCGGACCUUUCGCGUCACGGGAAAUCACACAUUGGUGGCCCAAUGUUCAUGUGCACCGUGUGCUUUCACGUGUUCGCAAAUGAUAGUAGUCUCGAGCGUCAUAUGAAGCGCCAUUCGACCGAUAAGCCAUUCGCAUGUACAAUAUGUCAAAAGACAUUUGCAAGGAAAGAGCAUUUGGAUAAUCACAUACGGAGUCAUACGGGGGAGACACCCUUUAGAUGUCAGUAUUGUGCAAAGAAUUUCACAAGGAAGGAGCAUAUGGUGAAUCACGAGAGGAAACAUACAGGGGAAACGCCACAUCGUUGUGAUAUAUGCAAGAAAUCUUUUACACGGAAGGAGCACUACGUGAAUCACUACAUGUGGCAUACGGGUGAGACGCCGCAUCAGUGCCAGGUGUGCGGGAAGAAGUACACAAGAAAGGAGCACUUGGCAAAUCAUAUGAGAUCACAUACGAAUGAGACGCCAUUUAGGUGCGAAAUAUGCGGAAAGUCCUUCACGCGAAAGGAACACUUUACUAAUCACAUUAUGUGGCAUACGGGUGAGACACCUCAUCGAUGUGAUUUUUGCUCUAAAACUUUUACACGCAAGGAGCACCUAUUGAAUCAUGUGCGUCAACAUACAGGUGAAUCCCCACAUAGAUGCACCUACUGCAUGAAGUCAUUCACGAGGAAGGAGCAUCUUGUUAAUCACAUCAGGCAGCAUACGGGGGAGACGCCCUUCAAGUGCACCUACUGCACAAAGGCCUUUACGAGAAAGGAUCACUUGGUAAAUCACGUGAGACAACACACAGGUGAAUCUCCUCACAAGUGCACCUAUUGCUCCAAGAGUUUCACGAGGAAGGAACACCUGACAAAUCAUGUGCGUCAGCACACAGGAGAGUCACCACAUCGAUGCACAUUCUGUAUGAAGUCUUUCACGAGAAAGGAGCAUUUGACCAAUCAUAUUCGAAUACAUACUGGAGACUCUCCACAUCGAUGUGAAUUCUGCCAAAAAACCUUUACAAGGAAAGAACAUCUCACGAAUCAUUUGAGACAACAUUCCAGCGAGAAUCCUCAUUGUUGCAAUGUGUGCAAUAAACCAUUCACCAGGAAGGAACAUUUGAUUAACCACAUUAGUCGAUCCCACACUGGCGAGAGACCCUUUGCAUGCAAUGAGUGUGGAAAAUCAUUUCCACUCAAGGGAAAUUUACUCUUUCAUCAGCGAAGUCACAAUAAGGGCGCAGCAGCUGAGCGUCCAUUCCGCUGUGAUUUAUGUCCUAAGGAUUUUAUAUGCAAAGGUCAUUUGGUAUCACAUCGGAGAUCUCAUUCGGACGAGAAGCCAUAUGUUUGUAUUCACUGUGGAAAGUCAUUUGUUGAGAAGGGUAAUAUGUUGAGGCAUAUUAAGAAGAAUCACCCUCAGGCAGCCCCCGUUGUUCUGGAGCCUCAAGUGAUCAUUUCACAUCAAAAGGCCGCCCUUCUGUCACCGCAAAUUCCUCCACCGAGGCCUAUAUCCAGCACAACGGAAACAAUGAGUUCACUCCCGGUGACAUCAACAAUAACUUCCCAUAUUCUCCAACAUACAAACUCCCAGACUGCACUCAGGCUUCUACAUAGCAGUGAACCACCACCUCCGCCACCGCCACCAAUUCCGGGUCAUCCACCGGAGAAUUCAGUGUCAUCGCUGCAGGUGAAUUUACACAAUCACAAUCCAGUCAAUGUUCCACCUCCACCGCAUUCACAAUUGAAGCCCUAGAAUAUAUAUCAAUCCCCCCAACUUCGUCCCUCUGUUGUGAGCGGUUUAGAGGAACACCACAAAUGCGCGCUCAGAGCAAUUUGAUAAAGUGAGUAAAACAAAAAAAACACAGAAAGUAAAACAAAUUUAAACAUGAAACGUAUCAAAUGAAAUAAUAAUGAAAAAAAAAGAUUCGUGUAACCAGAAGAUAUUGGAUACCAAUGAAAAAAAAAUUAAUCGGCAAUAUCUUGUGAUUGAUUCACGUGGAAGAAAAUCUUUUCUAAUAGAAUUUUUUUAAAAUUUAAUUUGAAAUUUGUGACACAGUUUAAAAGGAAAUAUUUUUUAAUUGAAUUACUUUGGCUGGAAACAAUAAAUCUUAUUAGAAAAAAAUAUUAAAAAGGAAGGAAAGGUUUAUCAAAUUCUUUUAAUUUUACGGAGGAGUUGGUAAGUUAUUUUUACGAUUAUUUCUUACCAAAUAUGUUAACGUAAUGGUUAAAGGCACACCAGAUGAACUUGAUUGCAAAGAAAGAUUUUUUGUUUACAGAUUCUUGUUCUUGAUGAGAUCUUUAUCAAUUUUCUAACUUCUUUUUCUUCUCAAAAAAUCUUUCAUGAGCAUUUUUAUUAGGUUGAAAAGACAGGUCGUAAUUAGUUUUUCUUUGUGUCUCACAAUAAAUCAAAUUUUAUCUCAUGAAAGAAAUUUCAAUUCAUGACCAUUCAUUACCAAAUUGGCGUAUAACUGAUAAUUGUGAUUUUUGUGCGCAUUUCCGAUAUCUCAUAUCACGAUUUUUUGUGCAAAUUGUUUUUAUCAGAUAUAUUCAGUUUACUUUUUUUUUACAACACCUGGUUAAGAAAAAAUAUCAUUUCAAACUUUCUUUAAAAAAUUCUUUUAUUCUUUAAUUUAAAAUUUCUUAUAUCUUGGAAAAAAAUAAGGAAUCUGGUAGAUCAGUCGGUUAAAACUCCAACUUAAACAUUCGCAAAUACCGAAUGAAGUGAGUUCGAUUCCCGACUGGGCUGAUAUUUUUUUUUCUAACUUCUCAAUAAUCACAGGAUUUUGCCUGAGAAAUUAUUAUUUUAUUGUAUUUGGUAUUUUCAUGGUUACACAAACAUAUAUUAUGAAGGAAAUUGUUGUUGAAAAUUAAUGAAAAAAAAGUAACUGACGAUAAAAUAAAAUGAAACAAAUUAAAUGAAUAAGACUUAAUAUCUUAUUCUCUCAAUGAAAAAUGAUAUAUAAUGAAAGAUAUAAUGCAAAGAAUUUGUAUUUAAUUUUUUUUGAUCUUUAAUUUUUCUUUUUGAAAAAAAAAGAUUGAAAAAUGAAAAGAAAAAAAGAUAAGAAGAAUAAAGUGAGUUUGAGUUAGGAAUUAUAUAAAAAAAAAAGAAAAUAAUAGAAGUUGGAGAAGAAUUUUAUAAAGAACUAUCCCCCAGA